AUGCGCCCUUCGAUUCGGCUGCGGCCACCGAGACUCCCCAGGGUGCAUUGGCAGACAAGCCCAUGGAUGCCACUCGCUCGCCCGUGUUCAUGCUCUGCGCAGCCCAAAAGUGACCUUCCUCCCACCGACCACCGAGCUCUCGGCACCGCGCAGGAGCUCUUCACCUCGUCCGUCUACAGUCCUGGCUCGCCCCUGUUUCUCCCCAAUGGUACGCACAUCAUCAACAAACUCGUCUCCUUCCUCCGUACCCAGUACCUACAAUACGGCUUCCGCGAAGUCCUGACGCCGUCGAUCUACAAGCGCUCUCUGUGGGAGGUGUCGGGCCAUUGGCAGAACUACAAGGAUGACAUGUACGAAGUGACCGGCCGCGGGGCAAGCGGCGACAUGGACGGGGAGGCGGGCGAGGAUGAGUCGUAUGGCCUGAAACCCAUGAAUUGUCCGGGCCAUUGUCUGCUGUUUAAGUCGCAAACACACUCCUACCGCGAUCUGCCGGUGCGCUAUGCGGAUUUCAGCCCGCUUCACCGCAAUGAAGUUUCUGGGUCGUUGACUGGUCUGACCCGCGUGCGUCGUUUUCACCAGGACGAUGGCCACAUCUUCUGCCGUCCGCAGCAGAUCAAGUCAGAGAUUGCGUCGGCAUUGGGUUUCGUGGACAUGGUGAUGACGACCUUUGGGCUGGGCCCGUAUCGAUUAGUGCUUUCGACCCGACCCGAGAAGGAUUUUAUUGGGAGUAUCGACAUGUGGGACAGUGCGGAGAGUCAGUUGCGCGAGGCGCUGGACAGCACUGGGCGUGAAUGGGCGCUGAACGAAGGCGACGGCGCUUUCUACGGGCCUAAAAUCGACAUUCAGCUUCAGGACCAAGCGGGGAAGUACCAUCAGCUGUCUACCAUUCAACUCGACAUGAACCUGCCUCGGCGUUUUGAACUGGAAUACCAGGUUUCCGAAGGCGAGGAGGAUUACAACCCGGCUACUCCAGGAGUCGCCACCCCCGUGCUCGUUCAUCGCGCCAUUUUCGGCUCGCUGGAGCGAUUUUUGGCAUUCCUGAUCGAAGAAAAUGGCGGCCGAUGGCCAUUCUGGCUCUCACCCCGCCAAGGCAUUAUUUUGACCGUCAACCAGGACGAUGCCGUGGUGCGCCAAGCCCAAGAAGCAGCUGCGAAGUUCUCCGGAUUCCGCGCAUUGUUCAAUGAUGGGACUUCUCCUCCUCGGCCAUUGUCAUCCAACGACUCGACCUUCCUAAUCGAUGUCGACACCAGUGCGCAGACUCUCGGCAAGAAAAUCCAACGCGCUAAGCAGAUGAAGUACAAUUUCAUCUUCAUCCUGGGUUCGCGCGACGUGGCCGACAGCAGUAUAACCGUUGAUGUCACCGGGCAGAUGCAGAGCAAGACCGACCCGGAUGCGCAACAGUUUCAGAGGCUGAUGGGGGCUUGGGUUAGAGAAGAGGCAUUGAAGAACCCGCGCGCAGUGAAGCUCCCGGUCAACGACGUUCAUUCGCUGCUGGUGCAGCUUGAGAGAAGCUUUUUGUGA